GCUGGCUGGCUCUGUCUGUGGCGCUGGGAGCGGUCCGGCAUGGUGUCGCUGGGGCAGCGUCGCCCGCCGCCCGGCGACCUGGCGUCGCUGUCGGAGCUGGACGAGGCGUCGCUGCUGGGCGGGCUGCGGGAGCGGUUCCUGCGGCAGCAGGUCUACACCGACAUCGGGGACAUCCUCGUCGCCAUGAACCCCUUCCAGCCCCUGCCGCUGUACGGGAGAGAGGUCUCCGAGCAGUACCGGCACCCCCAGAGAGGCACGCUGCCACCACACAUCUUCGCCGUGGCCAGCCGGGCCUACCACGCCAUGCUGGGCCACCGGGGUGGCGGGCCACGGAGCCAGUGUAUCGUCAUCAGUGGAGAGAGCGGUGCAGGGAAAACAGAGAGUACGAAGCUACUGUUGCAGCACAUAAUGAACCUAUGCAAAGGCAACUCACAGCUGGAGCAGCAGAUCCUUCAGGUAAAUCCGUUGCUUGAAGCUUUUGGCAAUGCCCAGACUGUGAUGAAUGACAACAGCAGCCGCUUUGGAAAAUACAUACAGCUGCGUUUCCAGAAGAACACGGUGCGAGGUGCAAAGUUGAGCGAGUACCUGUUAGAGAAGUCACGGGUAGUGCAACAAGAUACUGGGGAGAGGAAUUUCCAUAUCUUCUACUACAUGUUUGCUGGACUUUCUUCAGAGGAAAAGGAGAUGUAUGGGCUAUUGGAUCCUUCACUCUACAGGUACAUAAGUGGACGAUUUGGUACACAGGAUGUAGCUCAGCGCUGGAAGCAAAAAUACCAAGAGGUGUGCAAUGCCCUUGACAUGGUGGGCUUCCAAGAACAGGAGCAAGUGGACAUGCAGGCUAUCUUGGCUGGUGUGUUGUCUCUGGGCAAUGUGACCUUUGAGCCUGAGGAGAGGAAUGGGUCUGUAAAAGUGAGCGAAGCCUCCCGGGGAUGGCUGAAGGCUGCGGCGGGUCAGUUUGGAGUGCAGGAAGAUGAACUGUUAAAAUGUCUUAUUUGUACGAUGUCAGUGACCCGAGGCGAGCAGAUUCAGCGUUUUCACACCCAGCAGCAGGCAGAAGAUGCUCGGGACUCCAUUGCAAAGGUGGCAUAUGGCCGAGUCUUUGGCUGGAUUGUUUGCAAGAUCAAUGAGCUGCUGGCUGAGAAUGUGGAUCCUGAGGUGGAACUGAGUGAGAUAGGUAUCUUGGAUAUUUUUGGGUUUGAAAACUUUGCAGUGAAUCGUUUCGAACAGCUUUGCAUAAACUUGGCCAAUGAGCAGCUGCAGCACUUCUUCAACCAUCACAUUUUCCAGAUGGAGCAGGCUGCCUAUAAGGAAGAAGAGCUGCCUUGGGAGACUAUCACAUUCAACAAUAAUGAACCUAUUCUGAAUCUGCUCCUGGCCAAGCCACUUGGACUCCUGUCUCUUCUGGAUGAGCAGAGUGCGUUCCCUCAGGCAACUGAUAAGACAUUGGUGGAUAAAUUAAACAGCAGCUUCAAAGGGAAUUUACACUUCCAGCCAGGCCGAGGCCGUGUUUUGGGCUUCAGCAUCAUUCACUAUGCUGGGAAAGUACAAUAUACUGCUGGGGGCUUUCUAGAGAAGAACAGAGACACCUUGCCAGCUAACGUCCGUGGGCUCUUCAUCAACAGCAUCACCCCAUUGCUCAGCUUGCUGUUCACAGAAAUGAAGCUGGACAAGGUCAUAGCUUCUAACAGUUCACAAUGA